AUGUUAUUUCCAUAUAAACGAGACUCAUCGUGACAGUUCUUGGCUUUGUUGAUAGGUGGGUUGAAACCGGCUCUAAAGAAUGGCUGACCUUUAUGACUUGAUACAUAAGCUGGACGGUAGUUGAUGGGUAGGCGGUGGUUGAAUUCAAACAGGGACUCCAUCCUCCAACAUUACCGUGUUGAGGCCAGGGAACCAUUAAAUUCAAACCUAGACGCUCUUCAUCAAACAUUAAGAAGUUAAGCAUGAGAGGUUUGAACAGUGGUUCAUUGAUAUUUUUACAUUAGAAUAUUUAGGUUUGAGUUGCUUUUAAAAUAAUUAAUUAUAUAGAUUAAUGAAGAAAACAACUUAGGGAAGCAUGAGUUUCAGUCUGAAUCUGAUUCUCUAAGUAAAAGGGAUAAUCAUUAUUAAUCUAAACUAUAAUCAUUAUUAAUCUAAACUAACUAUAUAUUAAAUUCUCUUCAAUUUACUAUAUAAGGUUACUUCAAGCUAUACUAAUAAAUAAUAGCUAAGAAUAAAAUAUAUAUGCAUGUCCAUAAGCAUAAAGAUCAGAAACAUAUAUAAUAGUAGAAUAAUUUUCCCUUACUUUUAUUUUAUUUUGUUGCAAAUAUUCUCUUUUUUUGCCUGAAAGCAAUCUUCUAUUUGAAACAUGAAAAGAAAAUAUUACAGGUGUUGUAAACAGAUAGUAUUACAUAUUAGGUGAAGUGAAUGUGAACCAAAUCUUUAACGAACACAUAUGAUUUUCCCUUAUUGUCUUUUGGCUUCAUGUUGACAUGAUUUUUUGGUUUAAUAUAAUUUUAUCGACUUCACCUUCACGUUUGCAUAUAUGUAUUGUCCAUUUUUUUCCACAAUCAUUGCGUAUUACACGAUUAUGUUUUAGUUAGUCAAGUAGAAAGGACAAUGACAUAUUCUGAGGAAAUUGUUGUCCACACGACCUUACUCCCUAUCGAAACUUGAAAGACCAAUCAUCCUUUGAAGUCGCUUCUAUUUCAUUUUGUUUAAUUUUGUAUUAAACUACAUUCUGCCAAACUUAAAUAUACGGCAACAAACACACAACCAUAUAUAAUUUUUUUCCUACUAGAGCAACUAUCACCUGAAUAUAUAGUAUAUUGCAGAAAUUCUCUAAAUUAAUAUUCAAUGAAAUAAUCGAAUCAUAACAUAAAAAAAAAACACGGUGCCAGAAUCAGAAAAAGGGCAGUUUGGUAAAAUCAUUCCAAGAUUCCUAUUGGCACAAUUGUCUCAAUAACUUCUAUAUAUACCAAAGCCGAUGAGUGUGAACCUUUACACAACCACACUUAAGUCUUAAAGCUGAGGAUUCCUUUUCUAUCUUUCUUAUCUUUCAUCACUCACUCACAAAAGCAACGAACAAUCCAGAGAGAUGGAUCAAAUAAAACAGGAGUUUCUGAAGAAACUUACCAAGCUCAUAGUAAUUUUAAUAUGGGUUUCAUCUCUUUUAAUCACUAUCAACUCCUAUCUAUACAGGUUCACAAUUCAACUUGUAACACACGCGGUAGAUAAGAACUACAUGUUCCUACUCUCCAGUGCUCUCUUAGCGUUUGUCGCUAAGGGCAUCGUUACGUCAAAACCAGCAGAGGAAGGUUGGAGCAAGACCGAUAAAACCUUUGAUUACCGAGAUUUCGAGAGUUACGAUGCCAUAUUGGAGCUAGAGUAUUACCAUGUGCAUGAAAAAGAAACAUAUUCUUUUCUUGCAGAGGAAGUUAGUACAAAUGAUCAAGAAACCGAAGAAGAGAAAGAAGAUCAAGAAACCAAAGAAGAAAAAGAAGAUCAAGAAACCGAAGAAGAGAAAGAAAAAGAAGAGUAUGAUGAGCCAUUAACAGAUAAUGGUGAUCUAGAGGAAGAAUGUGGUAUUGAUGGCGGAUUUAAAGAAGAGGAGGAUAAUGUGGGAGUGGUGACGGAGGAAGAGAUGAACAAGAGAUUCGAUGAGUUCAUUAGAAAGAUGAAGGAAGAGCUUAGAAUCGAAGCUAAACGGCACUUGAUCGUUGUUUGAUUUCUAGUUAAGUUAGUUUUGUUUAAGUUUAAACGCAUGCAAUAAGGUCAUCUAGAGCGAGUUUUCUAGACUCUUCUUCAUGUCAUCUGUACUUUGAGUAUCUCUUUCAAUGGAAUCUUUCUUAUAUGCAACUCGUGUUACACUAUUUCUUAUAAAAAGAGGUUUAAUGGUAGACACGAAAACGUUGCGAUGUAAAUAUUUGGUGUAUUUGAUAAAAUAAACAUAGAACGUUUUGAAACCACACAUAAGAUCUACUCUAUUUGAAAAAAGCAUGCAAUAGUUAUAUUUGUGAAAAUGUCAUUUAGUGGUAUUACUCUUUAUAUUAUGCAAAAAAGGAGCUCAUCAUUAGAGAAAUGCAUGCAAUACAAUACAACUAGAGAACAAUUUAGUACGUACGAUUGAUCAUUAUCAACGUAUGACUAUAUGCACAUAUAAAUAGUCCGUACACGUAUCAUAUCGAUCUCUAUUAUUAAUUCUAUAUCCUAGACUGAUGUACAAUACACAUUAUUAGCUAUGCGUUGUCUACACUCGAUAGUAUCCGGAAACAAUGCUGCUACGCACACGUGUAUUUUUGCAUAUUAUGAAUUUUUAACUUAAAAGAUAUGAUAUUUGAUGGCUUUAUUCAGGAAUUCUGAUUUUUUGGCCGUCGAUACUUUUUUAUUAAAAUAUUUGAUUUCUUGAUCUGAGAACUUUUAGAUCCAUCAAAUGAAACAUAAGAAAAAUUAAUGUCGUAUGAAAACAGCUGAUGCGAUGAUGAAACUGUAAACUAGGGGAACAUCUUAUGAUUAUGUUACCAUUGCUCUGAAAGAUAUAAAAAAUCAGUGAGAAAUAAUUUUUAUCCGGAGCAAAGAUUUAAAACAAUAUUAAUACAUUUACAGUUUUAAAUUUUCAACAGGGGCAUAAUUAAAAUUCAGUACAAAUUUACACCAAUUAAAAAAUUUCAGGGUGGACAGCUGCCCCACCCACUCAAGGCAUAGCUCUGCCCCCUGAAUAAAAUGUAUCACCAUAUUACUACAUUUUUUUUAUUGAAUAUGGUAGUAUCGAACUCUAAAAUCAUAGUUUCAUAAACUUAGGUAUUCACUACUGUUUAUAAUCAAUAAUGUUAAGUUAACGUCAAAAUGUUGAGUCAGUGUGUGUGUGUGUGUGUGCAUAUAAUCACAUGAUCCAUCUAUCCAAGUGGAACAAUUAUCAACGAAUAAUCGAAUCUAAACUAAAAAGCGGAUGAUGUCAAAAAAAAAAAAAAAAAAACUAAAAAGCGGAUAUAUUUUUGCUUAAAGACUCGAUAGAUUCUCUCAUCUUCGCUUUUAGUUUUUAGAGUUCCAUGCUUUACUUUUUUUUUCAGUUUCCCAGUAUCCUACAUAUCCCACCACAAGUCUCAAAAAAUAAUAAUUAAUUUGUGCUACAUUGAAGCUUUGAUUGCAAUCUUCUAGUCAGUAGGUUUUAACCUUUUCCCAAAACAAGUUUAAGUACAUGGACAUUAGCAACACGUUCUAUUUAUGUGAUAUCAACUCUAUUCAUCCGAUAGGUUGGUACUUAAAACGAAAACAUGUGAUAUAAGUAUUUAACUAAUUUUAAUUGAUCAAACCCAUUAAUCAACAGAAAGUGACCAAAUCGGAAAGAAGAGUUUAGUUAUGUUAAAUGUGUCAAACAAGCAAGGAUGGUAUAUUUGAAGUGUAUGUAUAAUGAAUAUUAGGUACUCAAUUCUAUAUGAUUGAUUACAAAUAUAAAUAUUAUACAAUAUGUUCUUUUGCUUAUAAUAAUUAAGUUUAAGAAAAUGACUUAGAGCGGAAGAUCCAUCGACUAGUAAUAGACUAUACGAUCUUGACACAACAUAACCGGUCCACUCGUGAUCAUACAUGUAUGAAUAAGAAAAUGAGAUGAUUAUAUAAACGGGUCAAUUUAUCUCAAGUUAUAUACAUGUUAAUAUUAGGCUGUGAUUGCAACAUGUUUGUAAGUACCCCGAACAAACGACUUUAUGCAUCUGGGUUUGCAUGAUUGUAUAAUUCCUAACAAGGAAUGAAUGAGGGAGUGUAUCAAUCAAUCAUGGAUCUAGUUACACAUUACCAAAAAUCCAAAUUAAAAAUAAAAUAACACUGAAAGAAUCCAUGGAGAAGAA